UGGCGCUGCUGAAGCAUUAACAUAUUUUAUAGUAAUUCAGUACGCGCGUUUUAGUCCAGCUAUAGUGAAACACACGUCGAGCAGUAGUUAGAUUUCAUCGUAUUAUUGACAUACACAGAAAAAAUAAACUCAAUCAUGCCUAGAUCAAAAGUUGUACAUGGUAUGAUAGCAAUGGACGACGUAUCUGACAAUAACAAAAUAUGGAGAAUGCUGUUAGCCGAAUUUUUGGGCACGGCUACUCUAUUGUUUCUUGGCUGUGGUAGCAUUAUGUGGCUUGACGGUUUAGGUUCAUCGGCUAUUAUACAAAUUUCUCUGACUUUUGGUUUCACAAUAGCAACUCUAGUACAGAUAUUCGGUCAGACCAGUGGAUGUCAUAUCAACCCAGCAGUCACGGUUAGCUUUUUGGUGAGCGGCCAAUGCUCAUUUUUGAAAUCAGCUCUGUAUAUAGUUGCACAGUGUUUGGGGGCUAUAGCUGGUAUCUACCUUUUAGAAUUCGUUACUCCAGAUGCAAUAACUAAAGGUUUAGGUAAAACAGCCGUAAACAGUUUGCUUCAACCAACACAAGGAUUCGUCGUAGAAGCAUUCAUUACUCUUAUUUUAAUCUUGGUUAUUCAUUCGGUCUGCGAUGAAGCCAGUCGAAGCAAUACAGUUACGCCAUCAAUUUCUAUCGGUCUGACCAUUGCUGCCGCCCAUCUAGCAGCAAUUAAGUACACGGGAGCUAGCAUGAACCCAGCAAGAUCAUUAGGUCCAGCCGUUGCUCUUGGUUUUUGGACAAACCAUUGGGUAUAUUGGGUUGGUCCUAUUGUUGGUGGUAUACUUGGAGGAACCAUCCACACAUUUGUGUUGAAACGUCAUACUGAAGAGACAUCAAACCAUACGAUUAAAUUGAGUGCAUUCUAGUUAUUAAAUCAACGAUGAAAUGAAAAUAUAUUAUCUAUUUUAUUGCCUAUUUGUAAUGAUGUGAAUUAAAAUAUUUUUACAAUAAUGGUGUAAAAUCAGUAUGAAUUUAUACAAUCCUAGUGCUUGAUGGUCAAUAACUUAUAAUCGAACAUAAAAUCUAAAUUUCAAAAAA